UAUUCAAUUUUCCGAUAUUUUCUUGAGAGCUUGAACAGUCUGACUAGUUAAAAAAAUAAAUAAAUAUUAAAAUGCAAUCCAUAUUUCAAUUUGUUAUGCUUUUACUGGCGCCAGUUGUUUUAUUGAGCGGUCAUACAUUAGCUCAGCAACACGGUGGGGGCAAUCCAGGCGCCCCUGGCGCUCCACCCGGCGGUCCAGGCGCUCCAGGAAAUCCGGGAGCGAAGCACUUCGGUUGAAUAUACGACUUUUAUUUUAAUUAAGCUAUACAUACAUAAGUACCUGCAUAAAGAAUUUAAGAAAAUGCAUCGCUCUCAAUAAAGCGGACACCGGUUAACGAUGUCGGUAAAACUGUAAA